AUGUCCUCCCAAUGGCAAUCUCCAUGGAAUGCUGCUGAGCGCAAAGCCGCCAGAAAGAUGCUGAUGUCCAUGUUGCGGACUGCGUCGAUCUCCGGAGCCGCGACUGCUUUGGCGAUACCGUUGUCAUGCCUCGUCUACAUGCUGUCUUCUUCCUGGGUGCUCUCGCUGCAAAGACUCCACUCUGCCAGCCACAAUUUGCCAAGAAGGGCACGCAGUAAGGACUUUUCGGCCCCUCGCAAAUAG